AUGGCAGUACUAAUGCAUUCAAAGGAAUACGGAUCAGGGGAAGGAAUUGGGCUAGAUUUUGAGACUGAGAAGGAAAAGACGGAAGGCCACUUGAAUAAUAAAGAGAGUGGACUGCAUAGGAAGAAGAAUCACAGAAAACAAAGCCUGCUAACUAAAGAGGCUGGAGGUAUUGGGCUAGACAAAACUGGGCCUUUUACAACUGUUAGAGAUAUAGCAGCCUAG